CUUCAACAAAAACCAAAUUCUACAUAACAACCUACUUAUGAAUUUGAAACAAUUCAACCAAUUUAACAACAAUUUGUACAAUAAUUGAAGUAAAUAAGAAAGAAUCAAUUCUCAUUCAUAAGGGAUUAUAUAUAAACAUUAAAAAAAUACCCAUAAAAGAACACCAACCAUUUUGGAAUUUUUGAAAUUAUCACAAACAAACAAACAAAAUUGUAAAAAUUAAACUAAAAAGAACACUUUUACAUAGAAUUGGAGAAAAAUUUGAAGAAAUAACAUAUAGGGUUACCAAUUGAUGAAGAAGAAGAUGAAAUUGAAGAAAUUGGAGCUUGGAGAAGACUGCCCACCACUCGCUGGAGCUUUUGCCGCCGCCGGUUCGCGUUUGCCGGCCGUCUGCCACCGCCGCCGCCGGUUCACGUUUGCCGCCCUCUUGUCGUUGCUCCUCGACGAAGACACCGGUGUGGAGAAAUUUGGUAUCGAUAAGAUUCCAACUGAAGAACUGAUCCUCAUCUUCACAAAGUGUACCGACGAGGGAAUGGGAAUCGGUGAAUCAUUCCAAGUGGCGGCGAUCAUUCAUGUGCUCUUGCCAGCUUGGGAUGAGUGUUGGAGCUAUCUUAAGCUCAAAUAGAAAGAGAUGACCUUAGAAUAGUUUUUUGUUCGUCUUUGGAUCCGAUAAGAGGGUCUGGCUCGCGCGAAGAAAGUAACAGUUGUUAA